AUGGAUUCGGUCGAAAAGACAAUCGAGACAGCAUGUGCCGAUGGUAGCAUACCCGGUGUUGUGCUCGCCGCGGCCAAUAAAAUGGGAAAGUUUACCUACACUAAAGGAUUCGGGCUUCGAUCAUUAAAAGCAGGCGAGGGGGCUGCCUGCUCGCCCGAUACAAUAAUGUUGCUGUUUAGCGGCACUAAGCUCGUCACCACGAUUGCAGCUUUACAGUUGGUGGAAAAGGGUCAAAUCAGCCUCGAUAGCAACGUGGGGGACGUUCUUCCAGAGCUUGCCCAGCUUCAGGUCCUGAAGGAGAUGAAGGACGGAAAACCAGUGUUUGAGAAAAGAAAUGGACCUAUCACUCUACGCCAGCUCCUAAGUCAUUCCUCUGGCGUCGUUUAUCCCUUUAUGUCGCCGCUCUUAAAGGAAUACUAUCAAUCUCUGGGUCUGCCUAUCCUGGCCGCCGCGAAGACAGUAGUAGAGAGCUUCAAUGCUCCUCUUGAAUUCCAGCCGGGGACUUCAUGGAACUAUGGUACAGGCAUCGACUGGGCUGGUCUGCUGAUUGCCCGGAUUGCCAAGAUAGAUCUGGAAAUCUAUUUCCAACGGCAUAUCUUCGAACCGCUUGGGAUUUCUGACGCCACCUUUUGGCCGGAUCGACAUCCAGAGAUCAAGGCACGGCUAGCUGGCCUGUCAAUUCGAGACCCAUCGGUUGCUGAUGGGGCUGGAAAAGCGAUUGCAUUCGAGGGACCGAACAGACACGCCGUUGCUCAGGAAGAAAUGGGUGGCCAAGGACUCUAUACUUCUGCGCCUUCGUAUCUGAAGAUCCUGCGGAGUUUGCUGGAUGAUGACGAGGUCCUCUUGAAGAAAUCGACCUGCGCUUUGAUGUUCGAGCCACAGCUGAGUGACCAGAGCCAGGAAGCACUCCAAGCGGUUUACAGAUCAGAACCUAAAGGAGGACCAUGCGCCAUUGGAACGUUUCCUCCCAACGUCCGCUAUGAUUGGGGUUUGGGAGGCGUAUUGACUAUGCAAGACGUCAAUGAGAAGGAGGUGUCUUGGAGGAAGAAGGGUUACCUCAAUUGGAGCGGUGUGCCAAAUUUCUUCUGGUUCCUGGACAGGAAGGCCGGCGUAUGCGGCGUCUUCGGCGCGCAGUUGAUGCCUGGAGGAGAUUUUCGGUGCAGGAAAUUAAUUACAGCAUUUGAGAAAGCAGUCUUUGAGGAAGCUGCUUUUGAAAAUAGUGGUCAUUUGUGA